AUGGCUGCCAACUGUUCAGGCAUUGUUGGCAAGCAGCUUUUCAGAGAAGAAGAUGCACCGAAGUAUCGUAAUGGGUGGACCGUUAUAACAGGCCUCACUACUGCCGCCGCAGCUUGUGGUAUUUGGGCCAAUGUCCAGUACUAUAUUCUCAACAAACGAAAACUGAAUCGCACAGGACUUUCUUAUCAGUACUAA